CAUCAGUUCCAUAUGUGGAUCUUACCACCAAGUCGAAAACGCCUUAUGGUAGUGAAAAGGCUGCUGCGGUACUUGGAACCACUCAGAAUGAUAUUUUUUAUAUCGGCGGAAUACAACAAAAUAUGACUACGCUCGAUUAUAAAACAACAAACAAUUCUAUCUAUGUGUAUAAGUUAGACGCGCAAGAAUGA